AUGCCUAUUCUAACGAACGCCACACUAACACUGGUGUGUGGUAUCUGCGAUUCAGCGUUUUAUACUCUGUGCAUUGCCGCUGACCACGCGAUCGAUCAAUCGAUAACCGGCCCAGACAACAGUGCAAAAAGCCAUUACAACCCCAGACACGCACGUCUAGACGUUCAAUGGCCUGCACUGAAGACGACGCAUCACGUGAUGCCGCGUUCGUUCGACAUCGCCUUACACGCCUGA